AUAACAAAAAUAACCAAAAUGCUCUUCUAUAAUAAAGUGAUGGAUAGAACUGCCAUAAAACAGCUUAUAAGCAGAUUAAUAACUCAUUUUGGUAUUACAUAUACAACAUAUAUUUUAGAUCAACUUAAAACUGUAGGCUUUAAACAAGCUACUCAAGCUGCUAUUUCAUUAGGAAUUGAUGAUCUUUUAACAGCACCUUCAAAAAGUUGGUUAAUUCAAGAUGCCGAACAACAAGGUUACAUUUCUGAAAAGCAUUAUCGUUAUGGAAACGUUCAUGCAGUAGAAAAAUUACGCCAAUUAAUUGAAACUUGGUAUGCUACAAGUGAAUAUUUAAAACAAGAAAUGAACCCUAAUUUUCGGAUGACCGAUCCGUUAAAUCCAGUACAUAUGAUGUCUUUUUCUGGAGCGAGAGGGAGUACAUCACAAGUUCAUCAAUUAGUAGGUAUGAGAGGUUUAAUGUCAGAUCCUCAAGGUCAAAUUAUUGAUUUACCUAUUCAAAGUAACUUUCGAGAAGGCCUCUCUUUAACUGAAUAUAUUAUUUCUUGUUAUGGUGCUCGUAAAGGAGUUGUUGAUACAGCAGUACGAACAUCAGAUGCUGGAUAUCUUACACGUAGAUUAGUUGAAGUAGUUCAGCAUAUUGUCGUUCGAAAAGUGGAUUGUGGAACGUCAGAAAAUAUUUUUGUAACUCCUUUACAGAAUAAUUAUAAAAAAAAUAAUAAAUUAAUUGGUCGUAUUUUAGCAGAUAAUAUUUAUAUAAAUGGAAGAUGUAUUGCUAUUCGUAAUCAAGAUAUUACAACAAAUCUUGUUAUUUCUUUAAUAAAUUUUCAAAGAAAAGGUAUUUUUAUUCGCUCACCUUUAAUUUGUAAAAGUAUGUUAUGGAUUUGUCAAUUAUGUUACGGUUGGAGUCUUACUCAUGGUAAUUUAAUAGAAUUAGGUGAAGCUGUUGGUAUUAUUGCGGGGCAAUCUAUUGGAGAGCCAGGUACCCAGUUAACAUUAAGAACUUUUCAUACUGGUGGAGUUUUUACCGGUGAUAUUGCAGAACAUAUACGAACACCUUUUAAUGGGAUUAUUCAAUUUGAUACAAAUUCAGUUUAUCCUACACGUACUCGCCAUGGACACCCUGCAUGGAUAUGUAAUAAUAAUUUAUCUGUUGUUAUUAAAAGUAAAAAAAAACUUCAUAAUUUAGUUAUUCCAACACAAAGUCUACUUUUAGUGCAAAGUAAUCAAUAUGUAGAAUCAAAACAAGUUAUUGCGGAAGUUCGUGCAAAAACAUCUCCUUUUAAAGAAAAAGUUCAAAAAUACAUUUAUUCAAAUUUAUCUGGAGAAAUGCAUUGGAGUAGUAAAGUUCAGCAUUCGUCUGAAUAUAUCCAUAGUAAUGUCCAUCUUUUACGUAAAACAGGUCAUAUAUGGAUACUAGCUGGAAAUUUUGAUAAAGAUAAUAAGUUUUCAUUUAUAUUUUAUCAAAAUCAAGAUAAAUUAGAUAAUAAACUUCCUAUUGCAAAACAAACUUUAAAUUAUUUUCAAUUAAAAGAGCAUUUUUUAAAUAAUUUUUGGAAUUCUAUUUAUUCUAGUAUUAUUUUGUAUAAUUAUCGUUUUUUAGAAAAAAAAAAUAAUAAAUAUGAAAAAAAACUUUUAUUUCAAUUUAUGCUUAAACUUCCAAAAAACGGCAUUUUGAAACAAAAUGAUAUUUUUGCUAUAUUCAAUGAUCCAAAAUAUAGAAUAAAAAAUUCAGGAAUUAUUAAAUAUGGCAAUAUAAAAGUUGAUUUAAUUAAUAAAAAAAAUGAUAUUUUUGAAGAUCAAAAAACAAAAACUGUUAGACCAAGAUAUAAAAUACUAAAAGAAGGUAACUUUUUUUUACUUCCUGAAGAAGUUUAUAUUUUAGAUCAAUCUUCUUUUUCAUCUAUUUUAGUAAAAAAUAAUAGUUUUAUUAAAGCAGGUACAAAAAUAACUUUUAAUAUUAGUAGUAAAAUAACGGGUUUUGUUAAAAUAAAAAAAAAAUUUAAUAAUUUUAAAAUAAAAAUACUACCAGGAAGUAUAUAUUACCCUAAAGAAAAACAAAAAAAUUUUAAACAAAAUGGUAUUUUAAUACCACCAGGGGAAAAAAUUUUUGAACAAUUUCGAGCUAAAAAUUGGAUUUAUCUUGAAUGGAUUGUACUUUCUAAAGACAAUUCUUUUUUUUUAAUUAGACCUGCAAUAGAGUAUAAAAUAAUAUUUAAUGAUAAUCCAUUAACUUUACCAAUACCUUUUUAUCUAGAUUUAUUAAAAGAACAAAAAAAAAUUAAAAUUCAAACUGUUAAAUAUAUUCUUUAUGAAGAUAGUGAAGAAGUUGAAAUAAAUCCUGAUACUGAUAUUCAAUUAAUUCAAACUUGCUUAAUACUAAAUUGGGAAACCAAAGUAUUUAUAAAAGAAGCUCAUAUUUCUUUUAUAAAAAUACGUAUUAAUAAAAUUAUUAAAAAUUUUUUUCAAAUUAAUUUAAUCGAAAAUAUUAAUUUAAUGAAUAAAAAAAAAAACAAUAAUAUUAUUUUAAACUAUCUAUUUAAAAAAAAAAGAUAUAUUAUUAAUCAAAAAGAUUGUGAAAAAAUUUUAUUGCUUAGCAAAACAUGGGGCAUUAUUCGCACUCCGUCAAACAAAAAUCAAGAAAAAAGCUUUUUUCUUAUUUUAUCUCCAUUUAAUUUAUUUCAAACUAUUUUGUUUGACAAAACAAAACAAAAUUUAAAAAUAGAAAAUAAUGUAGAAAAACUUUUUACUUACGAACCAAAGAAAAUAAUUAAGACUUUUAAUAUAGAAAAAAGAAAAAAUUUUGUAGAAUUUUUAGGUCUUUUAGGUUAUUUGCAAAAUAUUACAAAAUCUUUUCAGCUAUUUUCUUGUAAAAAAUUUAGCGAUAAAUCAAUACCUAUUAAUUUUUCAAUUAUUGAUAAUUUAAAAAAAAAAAUUAAAAUAAGUAAAUGGUUUUUUUUAAACGAAAAUAAAAAAGUCCAGAAGUUCUUUUUAACUCAAAAUACUAUUCUUAGUUUAUUAAAUUGGUCUUUUCCUAUCUUUGAUUUAGCAAAAAAAAAAACUCAAUUAUUUAAUCUUGGACAUUUCUUUUGUGACGGUUUAUCUAUAGCUGAAUAUCCUACUUUUUCCGAAUCUGGUCAAAUUAUAGCAAUUUAUGACGAUUUAUCUUUAGUUAUUAGAUUAGCUAAACCAUAUUUGGCUACUGGGGGAGCUAUAAUUCACAAUAAUUAUGGUGAAAUUGUUAAAGAAGGAGAUAUUUUAAUAACUUUAAUAUAUGAAAGAUUAAAAUCUGGAGAUAUUAUUCAAGGACUCCCUAAAGUUGAACAAUUAUUAGAAGCUCGUUUAACAAAUCCAGUUUCUAUUAAUUUAGAAAAAGGUUUUGGAGAGUGGAAUAAAGAUAUGACAAAUUUUUUUGGAAGUCUUUGGGGUUACUUUUUAAGUGCGCAAAUUAGUAUGGAACAGAGUCAAGUUAAUUUAGUAAAUCAAAUUCAAAAAGUAUAUCGAUCACAAGGUGUAAAUAUAUCAGAUAAACAUAUAGAAAUUAUUGUACGUCAAAUGACUUCAAAAGUUUUUACUUUAGAAGAUGGAAUGACUAAUGGCUUUUUACCGGGAGAAUUAAUUGAGUUUGCAAGAGCCAAAAGAAUGAAUCGUGCGUUAGAAGAAGUAAUUCCUUAUAAACCAGUACUAUUAGGCAUAACAAAAGCAUCUCUUAAUACUCAAAGUUUUAUAUCCGAAGCUAGUUUUCAAGAAACUACUCGAGUUUUAGCAAAAGCAGCAUUACGAGGUCGAAUUGAUUGGCUGAAAGGUUUAAAAGAAAAUGUUAUUCUUGGAGGAAUAAUUCCUACAGGCACUGGAUGUGAAGAAGUUCUUUGGCAAAUAACUUUGGAAAAACAAAAAAAUAUUUUAUUAAAAAAAAAUAAAAGUAAAUUAUUUCAUAAUAAAGUAAAAGAUAUUUUUUUAUAUAAAAAACUUUCAAUUUCUUUUACUUCAGAAAAAAUUCAUAAAAAUUAUUAA